UACAACAGGCACGAACACGUUUAGAAAUUUAUAAUUAAACGUGUCUAUAGCAUGUUACUACGGGCGCUCUUGGCAUGCAUGCAACAUUUAUGUUGAACAGGUAGAAACACUCUCAUUCGCUGUGAGAUUCGCUGAUAAAAUACAUUGCAUUUAUUCUGUUUAAUUUUUAAGGUUAAUAUUAGUAUUUGUAUUCGCGAGUGCAAUAUUGCUCAUCUGUCAUCAUGCGGAAUUCUCUGUCCCACGAUACGGUUUUCCCGCCAGCAUUCACAGUCGAAGAUACUUGUCAGACAAAGCCGAAGGUGUUUUUUAUUUUUUCAUUGUAUAGCUACAAAGCAAAAUCGUGUUCGCGCAUCUGGAAAAAGCUGAGCAAUUUUAAAUUAAUAUUAACGAGAGACAAUAUAUGUCAUAGUUAUAAGAGAGAACGAGAUUAAAAAAAAAACAACGAAACGCUUCUGCAUGAAUAAAAACAUAAAUUGAAAACAUUGAAAACAUGUUCAUUAAAGCCGACAUAUUCUUCUUCAAAAGAAUUGUAUGGAUUUAUCUUCGGCGUUUUCAGACCUGCAAGCAUAUCAUUUAUAUUAAAUGAGCAGGUGGAAAGCUGUCCAGUAUAUAGCCAUAGGAAAAUUAAGGGCACAACGUCCGGUAGCUAAAGUAAAUGACUUUUCGCGCAGACCAAUUAUUGUCAACAACUUUCGAUAUUGAUUACUUGUGUUUAAAAACUGAGUCAGAGAUUAUCCGCGUAUAACGCUAUUUUCUCAAAAUGGACGCAGCAAUUACCGACCAGCCCGACUCUGUAUUGUUGAGUUCGUUUCAGGAUGGUCGAGCGUGCGAAGAAGUAAUUGAAUUGGAUAUGUUUAGAAAUGCAGAUAAAAUUAUCAUACAGGAAAAGUCUCACCGCUUUGGAGAUGGAAAAAGGUAUACAGUUACCGACAGUCGAACAAAGACGGAUUAUUAUGAAAUAAAGCAAGAUACGCCAUGUCAGUUCUCCCUCCGUGAAAUUAACGACCGAAAAAGAUUGGUGAACUUCAAUGUUCCUUCUCGUACUUCAUGUAUAUGUCCUUGUGGUAAUACUUGUACAAUGAGAUCACAAACUACACUACUUCCAAAUUCUCUCCUUGGUUCUGUACAGCAGACAUUAACUUGGUGUCAGCCGUAUUUUAAUGUAUACGACAGCUCAAAUGAACGAAUACUCAGUAUGGACGGUUCAUUUUCAAUGAUGUUUUUCUCCAUUGGAAGGCAUAAGGUGACUGAUAUGGAUGAUCGGGUUGUCGGGGACAUAUUCGUCGAUUAUUCUGCGUCAGAAGGAUUGCACUGCAUAUAUGUAAAAUUUAAUAAAGAAAUGGACGUCUCAACCAAGUUAACACUGCUUGGUGCUGGAUUGAUGUUCUCAAAUGCGCAGGCCAGUAGAGUAUAGUCUGUGCAUAUGCUGGGUAAGACAU